AGGCGCGCGCAUAAGCUGCGGGACUGUGCAGCUGCGCUGGUUCUUCUUCGGCUGGGAUGCGGAGAAAGUUGGGUCUCAGCAGCAAUCUCUUUUGCUCCGGGGCAGGUAUCAGGAAGGGAAGGCGAAGCAAUCCCGCCAGCACCAUCCCCCAAAUAUGACAGAGUAGCACCCGGCUGUGCAGCAGUGCUCGGUUGGGCGAAUAAGGGAGAAAUUAUUCCAUGCAGGCGCCAAGAAUGGAGGGGAAACUGGAAGAUUUGUCGGAGAAAGAUGCUUCUGAGAGUUCGUCCGAUACCCUGUCCGAGGGCGAGCAGGAGCCCACAGUUGGGGAAAACAACGACUGCUCAGAUUCGGAACUCCGGCAAAUGCCCCUGAAGCAGACGGGGAAAGGGGAUGGCCCCGAGGAUCAUAGCACCGACGAGGACGCGCUGGACCGAGACGACGACGACGAAGAAAGUGAACGAUUUGACCACAUCUUGUGCCCACUAUCCUUCCCAUUUCGGAAAUCCAGCAACCCUGAUCUUGCUUGUGGCUCUGGCAAAACUUUGAAAUUUAACAGACAGCUAAGUGAAGAUGCAAAGUAUUUGAGACGAGGCAGUCUGGGGGGAGCCUUGACUGGAAAAUAUCUUCUUCCGGUUGCUUCAGCACAGGGUCCGUGGCAACAGACAAUGGAGACGACAAAUCUUGUUCGUAUGCGCAGUCAGGCGCUGGGUCAGUCAGCUCCUUCUCUCACUGCCAGUUUGAAAGAAUUGAGCCUUCCCCGAAGAGGGAGUCUCCUGACACCAAGAAGCUUGAGCCCAACACCCACAAGUCCAUGCAGUCCAUGUAGUCCACUACAUGCUUUUCACUUUUGGAGUUGCCGCACUAACAACAGGAAAAGUCUGAUAGGAAGCAGUCAGUCGACAGCCCUUCCUCGUCCUCACUCACCUCUCCCUACUCAUUCAGCAGGAAACAGCCCUCAAGACAGCCCAAGAAAUUUCUCUCCCAGUGCCUCUGCUCAUUUUUCGUUCACUCGAAGUCAUGGCCACAGAACGGACAGGAGUGACGGGCGUCGAUGGUCUUUGGCUUCCCUUCCUUCAUCUGGCUAUGGGACAAAUACUCCAAGCUCCACUGUGUCGUCAUCCUGCUCAUCUCAGGAAAAGUUGCAUCAGUUGCCGUACCAGCCGACUCCGGAUGAGCUGCACUUCCUUUCCAAGCAUUUCUGCAGUACCGAUGCCAUCUCGAACGAGGAGAGACGCAGGCCUGUUUCAAUGCGACCACGUUCCAGGAGCCUGAGCCCUGGACGUUCUCCAGCCUGCUUUGAUAAUGAAAUUAUCAUGAUGAACCAUGUCUACAAAGAGCGAUUUCCAAAGGCCACAGCCCAGAUGGAAGAGAGGCUGCAGGAUAUUAUCACGAGCUAUUCUCCUGACAACGUUCUUCCACUGGCAGAUGGAGUCCUCAGCUUUGCUCAUCAUCAGAUCAUUGAGCUGGCACGAGAUUGCCUGGAUAAGUCCCGGCUGGGCCACAUCACUUCCAGAUACUUCUUUGAAUUGCAGGAAAAAUUAGAAAAGUUGUUACAGGAAGCUCACAAGCGUUCUGAAAGCAAUGAACUAACCGUCAUUGAUCAGUUGGUGAGGAAAUUACUCAUCAUCAUUGCUCGCCCUGCUCGAUUGCUGGAAUGCCUUGAAUUUGAUCCGGAAGAGUUCUAUCAUUUGCUAGAGGCAGCAGAAGGACAUGCUAAAGAAGGACAAGGCAUUAAGUCAGAUAUUCCCCGCUACAUUAUCAGUCAACUAGGCCUUACUAGAGAUCCCUUGGAGGAAAUGGCCCAAUUGGCUAGCUAUGAUAGUGGGACAGCAGAGAUUCCUGAAACUGAUGACUCAGUGAGUAGCUUUAGUCCUUCAGUGCAAGGUAGGCGUAAGCCUCAUGAACUUGACUUUGAGACCAUGAAGCUGAUCAGUAAUGGAGCCUAUGGAGCUGUGUAUUUGGUGCGCCAUAAAGAAACCAAACAAAGAUUUGCGAUGAAGAAAAUAAACAAACAGAAUUUGAUCCUCAGAAACCAAAUUCAACAGGCGUUUGUUGAGAGGGAUAUUCUGACUUUUGCUGAAAAUCCCUUUGUGGUCAGCAUGUACUGCUCGUUUGAAACCAAGCGGCAUUUGUGCAUGGUGAUGGAAUAUGUGGAAGGUGGAGAUUGUGCUACACUAUUAAAAAAUAUGGGCCCUUUACCAGUGGAUAUGGCAAGACUGUACUUUGCAGAGACGGUGCUUGCUCUGGAGUACCUCCACAACUACGGAAUUGUUCACCGAGAUCUGAAACCAGAUAAUUUGCUUGUGACAUCAUUGGGGCAUAUCAAACUGACGGAUUUUGGAUUAUCAAAAGUCGGGCUGAUGAAUAUGACAACAAACCUUUAUGAAGGACACAUUGAGAAAGAUGCCAGAGAAUUUGUUGACAAGCAGGUUUGUGGAACCCCAGAAUACAUCGCACCUGAAGUAAUUUUGCGGCAAGGAUAUGGCAAGCCAGUGGAUUGGUGGGCCAUGGGGAUAAUUCUUUAUGAAUUUGUCGUUGGCUGCGUGCCUUUCUUUGGAGACACGCCUGAGGAACUCUUCGGACAAGUGAUUAGUGAUGAGAUAAACUGGCCAGAAGGCGAUGAAGCUCCUGCAUCAGAGGCUCAGGAGCUGAUCACUCUGCUACUCAGGCAGAACCCUUUGGAGAGAAUGGGGACAGGUGGUGCCUAUGAGGUAAAGCAGCACAGAUUUUUCCACGAUUUGGACUGGAAUGGACUGCUGAGGCAGAAGGCAGAAUUCAUCCCUCAGCUGGAGUCCGAGGAUGAUACCAGCUAUUUUGACACUCGGUCGGAGAGAUACCAUCAUAUGGAAACGGAGGAGGAGGAGGAAGAGACAAAUGAAGAGGAUUUUAAUUUGGAAAUAAGACAGUUUUCAUCAUGUUCCCACCGGUUUAACAAAGUUUAUAAAAGCAUGGAUCGAAUAUCACACAUUGAUGAGAAACGAUUCAUGGAGAAGAUCCAAGUGGAGAAGGACAAUACAGGUGGGAAACUAAAGAAGGCCAACACUUUACAUGUUGACUCACUGACCUGGAUUCCUGACUCUGAAAUGCAACACCUGUCCCUCUCUCAUUCAUCAAGCAGCGAGAACAACAACUGCUAUCAUCGUUCUGGGAUGCUGCCGAGCUUUGCUAUCUCUGCUGAAGAUGAUGAGUCUCUGUCUCACGAAGGCUGCAGCAGGGACCAGGACAAGAUCAUGUUUUCCAUAGGAGUAUCACAGGAUGAGAUUGAUGCAACCACUCCAAGCACCAUCAGUAGCUCGACUCUGUCAGUUGGCAGUUUUUCAGAACAUCUGGAUCAAAUUAACUCCAAAAGUGACAGUGUGGAAAGCACAGAUACGUCUUCAAAGUCUGCAAGUGACAACCUUCCACAGCUGGCUCGCCAGCGCCUAGAAAGUUCAGAGAAAGAAAGAACAGGCAAAGUGAUGAAAUCAGCAUCUGCCACCGCACUGUCUCUCAUGAUUCCUGCAGAUGUGUACGGUGUUUCACCAUUGGCUAGUCCAAUCUCCCCACAUUCUCUCUCGUCUGACCCUUCGUCAAGAGAUUCGUCACCCAGCCGGGACUCCUCCACAAGCUCUGGAAGCCCAAAGCCUCCCAUAAUUAUCUACAGCUCAGGAAAGAAGUAUGGUUUCACACUACGUGCAAUUCGAGUAUACAUGGGCGAUAGUGAUGUUUAUACAGUCCAUCAUAUUGUUUGGAACGUUGAAGAAGGGAGUGCGGCUCAUUCAGCAGGUUUGAAGGCUGGUGAUCUCAUCACACAUGUAAACAGCGAGCCAGUGCUUGGCCUAGUUCACACUGAAGUGGUAGAACUUCUUGUCAAGAGUGGAAACAAGGUUGCUAUCACAACCACACCCUUUGAGAACACCUCGAUCAGAACUGGCCCAGCAAGAAGACCCAGCUACAGAAGCAGGAUGAUGAGGCGUAGUAAGAAAACCAAAAAGAAGGAAGGUCAGGAAAGGAGGAGAUCUCUCUUUAAAAAGUUUGCAAAGCAGCCUGUCAUACUUCAUAGCAGCCGGAGUUUCUCCUCCUUGAACCGCUCGUUGUCAUCCAGUGACAGUAUGCCUGGGUCACCCACACAUAGUUUGUCGCCGAGGUCACCGACGCAAACCUUCCGCUCAGCCCCUGAUUUUCAGUCCGGUACAAACUCCUCACAAAGCAGUUCGCCCAGCUCAAGUGCUCCGAAUUCACCUGCUGGCUCUGGUCACAUCAGACCAAGUACUCUUCAUGGACUAAGCUCAAAGCUAAGUGGACAAAGGUAUAGAUCGGGGAGACGUAAGUCAGCCGGCAACAUCCCACUAUCUCCCCUGGCACGAACCCCUUCACCUACUCCACAGCCAACUUCACCUCAGAGGUCACCAUCACCUUUGCUCGGACACUCAGUUGGAGGGUCCAAAAUGCCGCAACCUUUUCCGGGCAAGAUGCACUCACCACCCACUAUUCUGAGGCACAUGGUUCGGCCGAAGAGUGCCGAACCUCCCAGGUCACCAUUACUGAAGAGAGUGCAGUCCGCCGAGAAGCUUUCUCCAUCUUACACGUCUGACAAGAAGCAGUUGUGUACUCGUAAGCACAGCCUUGAGGCCUCUCAAGCAGAGGGGAGGAAGGAGUCCAUACAACGCGAUCUGUGUCUGCAUAGCUUAGAAGAGAAUGCACUUGAAGUGCCGUCUGUCACCAAAGUUCGCCCUGUGGAGCAAGGAUGUCUCAAACGCCCUGUAGCAAGAAAGAUGGGAAGGCAGGAGUCAAUGGAUGAAGCCGAGAAAGAGAAGCUAAAGGAGACAGCAAUGAAGAAGAAAACCAACUGGAACGUCAGGCGUGAAUCCCUUCAGAAACAAAACGCAAUACAAGAGCCGAACUCUGGGCAUGAGAAAGCAGCUCAAGAGACCGGGGAGGAGGCUGAGGCCACUGUGGAAGGGGCUGAAGAUUCUAAGUGCAAUGACAUUAAAAUUCAGCUUCCAAGCCAACAACACUGCAGCACUGUAAGUGGCCCAUCGUUAUUUUCUGACCAAGAGCCAAGUACAAGCUCUGACGUUCACGAAGACUGCCCGUCAGUGCUGCAGAUGGCCCUGCCCAGUUCAGAGGUUGCAAGCUGCACGUCAAUGUCCAACGCAGCAAGCUCUGAGAAGCACUCAAACCCAUCCCAAAAGGUGGAGACAUUCUGUGGAAAGGAUGGUGGGUUGAAACUGACUGGAAAACACGCUAAAGAGCCAAUUGGUUCUGAAGGAUUGGAAACCAAAACCAUCAACACGGAGCACUUGGGAAGCAAGAAAUGUUGCAGAGAAGGUAACAGUGGAAAGGGUUCACCAGAAGUGUUCAAAAGUGAAAUAAUCACAACUCUCCAUAACAAUCAGCCGAAGCCUUUGAUACCUACAGGAAAAGAGGACUCUGCAUUUGUGAAGAGAAAUAACACAUCAACAAACACUACUUGCAUUGCUCACAGUCACCUGAGGCCAAUGCCAUCUGACUGUCCUAAGAUAGUAACUGGCAUGGCUCAGGUCUCUUUAGACAAACCACAGCUUGGUUUGGUGACCGAGAGUGCACCAAGACAAAUGACUGAGUGUAAGAUGGACAGUCGAUCUAUUGUGAGUCUAAAGCCACUGGAAGGCACACUUGAUAUUGCUUUCUUGUCAGGCCCUAGUACUUCAAAGGUAGAGACAUGUUUAUCAAAAAGAUCUGAGCAGCAGAGUUCAGUAGUGAAGAGCACGUUACAUCAGAAACCCAGCUCUAUUAACAAUACUCCUUCACCGCUUUCUAAAAACAACACGCUCGAUAGUCUGUGUGGCAAGGUAGACAAAACAAAGAAUGUUUCUCAAAACUUGCCACUUGGUAGUUUAUCUGUUGAGGCCUUGCCAGUGGACAAAGAGACUGAGGCAAGAAACAGUUCAACACACGCAGUCAAGGAUGGAACCUGCAAAUCUGUCUGCAGCCUUGGGCCUGCAGCCCAGAGCACAAGUUCAGAAGCAAGUGCAACUACUCUGGCUAAAGGCAUCAUGGGCUUAAAAGGAAAUGAGCAAGUCAGUCACUUGCAGGCAUGUACUGUGACAAAAGAAAAGACUUGCAAAGAUCCACCAAGGCUGCCCACUGCAGAGCAGCGUUCUCCUUGUAGCACGCAUUCAGAGGUGGCCACGAGCAGCCAAAAACUCUGUCCAAAGAAAAUAUUACAAGACACACAGCCGAAGAGUUCAUAGCAGGUCAAAAUGGAGGGUUCUUGUGCAGAGAACGAGGUGAAGUUGCAGAAGAUUUAACGUAAUGGACAACAGUUCUUUUCCUUCGUAAGCAUGGCAGAAUCCCAUUCCUCAGUAGCUAAAGCUUUUGGGGUGAUAUUUUCACCAGUCAAACAUUGUUUACUACCUUCCUCUUUGCCACCCCAUCCCUUCCCUCACUCUCCUCAAUUACUUUGUUUAUAAUGACCAAUAGAAAUAAUCUGAUAUUUAUAGAAGAUCAUUUGAAUGUCUGAGAUAUUGGGUGCAAAAAGAUCUUUUAUGUAGAUAUAAUGUAAUAAAUUGCUUUUGCAAACUUUGGGAAGGGGGGGAUAAAGAACAUUUGCAGACACUAUUUCCCAUAAAUACACAAGAACACUACUUACUCUCUGUGGUAAAAUGAAUAAAAUGUUAAUUUUGUGGUUAAAAUGUGGUGGUGUUCUUCAUCGAUAGCAAUUUUCCACAUGAAAACAUCCUUUGGUGAUAUUCAGUAGAAAUUGCUGUGUUAAUGGAUAUUGUGUGGCUGUAGAAAAGCUUGCUGUUUUUAGCAGGUAAUGCUAAAAUAUACAUUCCAUUUGAAUGCAUUGAGUAGCUCCUUCCAUUUCAAGAAGCAUCAUUUAUUUAAGGAAAAAAAUUGUACAUAAAGUAUGCUUAUGGGUUUUUUUUGUUUUAAAAAAGAACUGGGGACCCGUUGGAGCCACUCAGUGCUGAAUGGAAUUGACGUUUUAAAUUAAUCUUGCUAAGCCUUUAUCUGUUUCUGUGUAGAAAGUAAUGGGACUUGGUCUUUGUUUUGGUUUAAGUAAGUGGGAAUGCAGAAGUAGGAACAUAUGGUAGUGCUGAGAAGACUUUGGGUAUGUGUUAGUCAGUAGAGACAAAUCCCUGUGAAGGAGUUAUUUCCCAUUCUCCAGCCUUUAAAAAGAAUCUGUGCUCUUAGCUGGUUUUAAAGCAUAUUAAACACUUGUUUACAAUAUGUAUUAGAGGUGUAAAUAACUAUAUGGCAAUUCUACUUUUGCCAAAUCUGUGUGUGCCAUUUUGGAAACCUCACAGGUAUUUUGCUUGUGUAUGUAUGAAUUAGUGUUUUGGUAGUAAUGUACCAACCAACUGUUGAACAUGUGAAGAAUUUUGGGCUGUGUGGGAUCUGGUCUAUUGCGUUUGUCGUGGUGCAGGUGAAGUUCGGUUUGUGCUGUACCUGUAGGCUUGGAGUACUCGCUGUAGUUGGACUGAUGCUUAAAGCAAUGGUUUGAAAUAUGCUGUCAGAACUGUGCAAUACAACAAUAAAAUGUUUGCAGCUUCUGUGUUUGUUUUUCCACCACAGAGCUUAGUGAAUGUUCUAACUGUUGCAUCGUAAUGGAAAAAAAUAUUUAUACUUAUGCAGUUGCAUAUCACAAAAAAAUAAAUGGUUUUCA